AUGACGUGGCUGAUUCUGGCUGCACUGUGCCUGUUUGGAAGCUAUUCUAUGACAUCUGGAGCCCCAUUCCCGGGACACGACGGCGGCUACAGUGGCGAGGAAAUCGGCUACGGCGGACUCGAGAAUCUCCAGCAAGAGGGACACCAAAGUCAUCACCAGGAGUACGACUAUUACGCGUACCCCAAGUACUCGUACAAGUACGGCGUGAACGACCUGCACACGGGCGACAUCAAGUCGGCGCACGAGGAGCGCGACGGCGACAAGGUGCACGGCCACUACACGCUCGUCGAGCCGGACGGCGCCAUCCGCACCGUCGACUACACCGCCGACAAGCACUCCGGCUUCAACGCGGUCGUGCGCCGCACCGAGCCCCUCCACCAUGACAAGCACCACGAGCUGCUCGACCACCACCACGUGUAG